AGAGCCUUCAUUCCAAUUUGUAAUGACUUCCUCAGAUUCAGAGGACCAUCAACGUAUAGCCAUUGCACAUAAUGUUCGCCAUUCUUUCUAUACCUUACCUACGGAGAUACUGGUCCAAAUCACCAGUAGGCUAUCCCUACCCACUUACAUUGCUUUAGCCAUGACCAGCAGCGUCCUGUUCUCCAGGCUUAUGAGCCGAGAAAUUAUCCUGUACCUAAGAGCGAGAUUUGACCUGAAUCCUCAAAGUGGUAACAUGAUAGUAUUUGCCUAUCACACAGGGCUCAUCAUCAAAGCGCCCAAGGUGUGCGAGGCCAUAUUCCAAGAAUUUUUCUCAUGCACUUUUGACAAGGUGAAAUCUACCACCGCAGUUCGGGACCAAACGGUUCGAGCAUGGGCGGUUCUUUAUGCUCUUCAUCGUGCUACGCGAGUAUGCUAUGAGCCCCUACUGUCGGAUGAUAGCUCAGACUUUGGCCACGGAUUGGAUAAGGAGAAACAAAAACGAGUGGUGGUAGAUUCACAGGAACGCAAUACUUUAUGUCCAUUACACCAAUGUAUGGAUAUACGAAUUCAGAAUUUGGCUUUCAUAGAACGCUAUGUUCACUAUAUGCUCCAAGUGGAUGAUCAAAAGCAUCUCAUGACAUCGGAAGCCUUAAAUACAGCAUUUUCUAAUAUUCAUACCCGCAAAACAUACCAUACUAUCUUUCUGCAAGUCCUGAAAGAAGGCGACUUGAAUAUCCUGGAGUUUUAUCUACGUACUUAUGGCCCUCCAUUUCAACAUUUCCGAUUACGUGGCGACGAAUACGAUGAUAUUAAUAUCGGUGCUGCUUCCGGUGCCUGUCCUUUAUGGCUUCCCAUGCCGCAACGACUUUCACCUCCGAAAUCACCACUGUCAGGGUCAGACACGACUCUCUUUGACCCUUCAGCUCAUCAUAUUGACCAUACGAACAUUUGUCGCUGUCAUCUCACUGUGCCUGCUUCAUCUGGCCAGGAACUACGACGACAAGUGAAAUCUAUACUGGAGCAAUACGGCGUUCAUGUCAUUGACGGCUUCCCAUAGACGCCAAUAUAUUACCUAGCCUUUUCUUUACAUUGAUCACAUCUUUCAUUCUCUGCUGUAAAUAGUUGCUGCCUCAGACAUAAAACCACAUUCUCAUCCCACUGACUGAUCCUC